AUGACAAUGGCUCCUUCUUCGCCGGCGGUGGUUAAACAGUCGCCGUGGCACACACCGGUGCCAUACUUCUUCGGAGGUUUAGCUGCCGUUUUGGGUCUCAUUGCGUUUGCUCUCUUGAUUCUCGCCUGCACCUACUUAAAUGUUACCGACGAUGACCAGAACGACGGGGACGGAGAGAGAGACCUUGAAGCCGGAGAUGCCAAGUCCGAUAAUCACAAGAUGGAACUCACUGUUUUCGAAGACAAGUAUCUGGUAAUCAUGGCGGGAGAAGCAAAACCAACUUUUUUGGCAACACCUGUUACGAGCAAAACAUUGUCUUUUGGUAGUUGUGGCUGCCGGAGUAACCCAUCGGAGAAAUCGUCGACGUCGGAGAAGGUGAAAGAAGGGAGCAACGAUCAGCUACAAGUAAGGAACACCGAGAACCAGUAG